GUACGCACUGCAAAGGCGACUAUUAUUAGCUAGUAUGAGCAGUGAUGCCAGUUUGAUGCGAUUUCUUUUCACGCCUAUGUCCUACACUCAAUUCACCUUGUUCUUCCGCUGUCUUCGUCUUCGUCUUCUGGUUCUUCAAUAUACACUCAUUACGUAAGCAUAUAACUAUCCAGCGACUUCACAGCUGGAGAAGAAACGAAACGCAGCGGAAGAGCGGCACAACACGAUGCAAGGCCGCGAGAUACCAUGAAUGCAGAGAUACUGGCGCCUCUCACCUCCUUGGAGGCCCGGCUGAACGCCCUACUUGCCUCCAUCACGUCGACUCCUACGGCAUCUGGAGCUCCGGCAGCAACAGUCUCUCUCCUCGAAGCGGACGACGCGCUCACCAGCGCGCUGCAGACUCUGAGAACCCACCAGGAAAACUACUCGAGGAUCCUUCGGCUGCGUGCUGAAGCCCUCAGCCUGGAGGAGCGGGUGCGGGAGACCGUUCGGCAGGUCGGGGAGCUAGGAGACGAGAUCUCUGCGGCGGCGGGAGAAGACGACGACUCGGACGAAGACAGCGACGAUGAGGCCGGGAGUGAUAUUGAAAUGAGCGGGAAGGGCAAAGAUGGGACACGGAAGAAUGAAGUGGACUACAGAUUGCUACUUGGAUUUGCUAGACGGAUAAGCAAGUACAACAACGAAGCUGCUGCUGAUGCCUCCAGCGCAAGGGUACUGUCAAAGGAGAAGCCACCGGGCGGUGACACGGCAGCAGAGACAAAUGGCGAGGUAGCAAAGGAAGACGGAAUAGCUGCAGGCCAUGGGCAGACAACCAGUGUUGGUAUUGCUGCCUUGCCUCAGGACACCGUCUCCUGGCUGGAUGAGACCGCCAACUGGACACGGCUCAUGUCUGCACUCCCCCAUACCACAGAACCACCAAAGGUCAAGCCGAAGCUCGACCUCGAUCUCUAUGACCCGGACGACGACGACAUGUGA